AUCAUAGCACAUCCAACAUGGCGGUGAGGGCAUCAGUGGCUUCAGGCAGGCUUCUGCAAGGUAUCCGCAAGUGGUACUACGGCCUGUGCGGUUUCAAUAAGAUUGGUUUAAUGUAUGACGACACGAUAUACGAGGACGAUGACGUGAAGGAGGCCGUGCGGAGGCUCCCGGAGAACCUCUACAACGACCGCAUCUUCCGUAUCAAGAGAGCUCUGGAUUUGACCAUGAAGCAUCAGAUCCUCCCCAAAGAGCAGUGGACGAAAUAUGAGGAGGAUGUGCAGUACCUGACGCCAUACCUGACAGAGGUGAUCCGCGAAAGGAAAGAAAGAGAAGAGUGGAUGAAGAAGUGAAAGCAAAUCUGGACCGGUUAUUCCUUGGUGAUGUGUAUUUAAGAUGAAAUCAUAUAGUCAUUAAAAUGUACAUUUUAAAACAAAUC